AUGGGAAAUCUGCCAGAUUCAAGAGUAAAUCCAGCACCACCAUUUUCCAAGGUUGGCAUCGACUAUGCUGGACCAUUUAUGUUGAAAACAGGAGGAAGAGGAUCGAGACCGCAAAAAGCGUACGUGGUCGUAUUUGUGUGUAUGGUGGUCAAGGCAAUUCAUUUUGAACUAGUGUCCAAUCUCUCAACUGACAACUUCAUAGCAGCAUUGCAACGUUUCUCAAGCCGUCGAGGACUGCCUAGUGACAUCCAUUCCGAUAACGCUACUUGUUUCGUAGGAGCUAACCAUGAGCUUGCUGCAUUAAGAGAACUUUUCAACAAUGAACAACAUCAGCAUAAGCUGGACGAGUUCUGCAGUGUUAAAGGUAUCCGAUGGCAUUUCAUUCCUCCGAGGAGCCCUCACUUUGGAGGAAUCUGGGAAGCGGGAGUAAAGUCCAUGAAAUAUCACAUGAAGCGAGUCGUCGGAGAUACCAAGCUCACGUACGAGGAAAUGACUACCUUUUUGGCGCAGACAGAAACAAUUCUCAAUUCUCGACCUCUGGGUCAAAUGUCGGAGGACCCCAACGACUUGACGUUGCUCACGCCAUCACAUUUCCUUAUUAACCGCUCAUCGGUGGCUCUUCCAGAACCUUCUUAUGAAGAGGAAAAGAUAGGGCGACUUAGCAGAUGGCAACAUGUCCAAGUGAUGCAGCAGCACUUCUGGAGAAGGUGGUCUAGGGAGUACCUCCACCAAUUGCAGGGGCGUCAAAAAUGGCACGAUGGAGUGAAGGAGUUUAAAAUCGGCGCACUAGUCAUGCUGAUCGACGAGAACCUGCCACCGCAACAGUGGCGUCGAGGCCGGAUUAUAGCAACACACCCGGGCGAUGAUGGCAUUGUUAGAGUGGUGACAGUUAAGACAACUAACAGCAGUUUUAAGAGAGCAAUCACUAAGGUUGCUAUGUUGCCUUCGGUUGAGCCAGAGGCCUCAACGGGGGGUGAAUGUUUGGGUGCACUGCGCAAGUAA